GCCAAACGACCCCAAAACUGUGAUUGACGCGAUGACGGAGCAAUCAGAGAGAAGGAAUUGCCGGAUGGGGGCGAGCCCUUCUGCCGCUAACACCAAUAAGCAGCCUCUGGGGAGAGAAGAAGGCGGGACCAGAGAUGUAUUGAAAGAGCGACUCUACACAGGUCCAACUGUUAGGGGAUGAUAACGCAAAAGCAACCUGUCUUGCCAGUUUAAUUUGAUUAUUGUUUUCCAUCGACUCUGUUUCAAUAAAUGUGAGGCUUCCGGUAGUUUUACUUUAGUUUCAUUUUAACACAGACCAUGGCUACUGAAAAAGCAGGUUAGAGGUUAUCUUCAACUGGUUCCAAUUUCAAAGUGACGUCGAGUUUCAGGUUCAUCAGAUGCACCUACACAGCACUCCUCACCUCCUCCCUACAACCAAGUAAUCGAGACACGUCACAAUGCCACAUCUACGGGGUAUUCCAUGCCGGCACAGCUACCUCCCCUUCCCAUGGGCAUGCGGGGCUACAUUCAGGAGACGCAGUUCCACAGCAGAGCGCCAGGAUACACUGCCGUGAUGCCACACGGACCCAUGGGGCCAGGAACCUACAUCUCACCACCAGGCUACGCUGUGCAGCUUCAACCCUACACAACACUGGUCCCUGUCUAUCCCAUUGGGAAUUACCCUGCCCCCUACUUGCCUGGAUACACUGGAAUCACUCCAGGCACGCAGCAGUCUCAGAUGCCUUCAGGAUUCCGGAUCCUGGAGCCACAAAGACCGCCUCAUGACUACCUACCCAUCGCAGUGCUGACUACAGUGUGCUGCUUCUGGCCAACUGGGAUCAUUGCCAUUAUUAAAGCACUGGAGACGCGGGCAGCGGUGACACGAGGUGAUCGUCUAUCAGCGGAGAUCGCCUCCCGACAGGCUCGCAACUAUUCCUUCGUCAGCCUGGCCGUGGGCAUUGCUGCCAUGGUCCUCUGUGCCAUCCUGGUGCUUGUUGUGGUGAUUGAGGCCAAACACCAUGACACUGAAUGGGACCCAUAGUUGGGCCAGGGCAGGUAUCUGGCACACUGUUGUUUGGGUUCCAAACCCCCCAAAAAUUCCCCUGAAGCCUCCAGAAGUGCAAGAUUAAUCCUCUGGACUCUGUGACACGGACAAAAGCAACAUUAUGGCAUGCCAAGAACAAAGUGGUUUUUUGGUUUUCUCAGAGCAUGUUCACUUAUUAGUCCAAAAGCAUUGGUAUUAUUGGAAUGGUCAUGGUUGGGGCAGAAUUUAAUACUCACGAUGGAGGUUUCAGCAACAGCUUGAAAACUAGUGGGAGCCCAGUGCCACCUCUCUUGGUGAAGGCCAGUUUAUGCCUUUUUAAAUGCCCCAUCCCACCUCAUGCUAAUUAAAUGCUUAAAUUUACUGCACCAGGUCUCUCAUUAGAUUAGGGAUCCUAAGGGCCAAGUUACACCCUUCCAUGCCAUGUCUCUCCCCUGCCAGAGGGCUGACAGGUAAUUCAAGGUUGGUGGUUUUCCACUGGUGGCAGUGUGCCAUCUGUUGUGGUGAUUGCUGCAGGCAAUUCCUUUGCUGGUGAGCAGAGGGGACAUAGGCCAAAAGUGCAUGAAGGAGGGAGUGGUGAGGUAGUGGUCAUACAGGAGAACGUUUGUCAACAGCAACAGCAAGGUGAGGUGUGACUUUUAGCAGACCCCUACUCCCUGGUGCCAAGUCCCUCAGUCAUCGUCUUUGGAUAAGAUACUGUCCCCUGGAAAUCUCUAAGCAAACCUGACAAGGCUUAUUUGUUGGCAUUCCUGAGAGACAAAUUCCUCCCGUCUGCCACUGACUAAAUAUCAGAAGGGAUUGUGAUUAAAUUGGGAUCAAGUACAAAUUAAUAGACUUGAAUCAGCGUUUGGCUGGGUAAAGUGUGCCCACUCCUUUCCUACAAGGACUUCUGCCUAUUUAAAAGCCCCAUCCACACCUCAGUUCACCAAACUCACCAUCAGGGAGGUAUUAAAUUCUGCUCUUCAUGUCUAAUCAACAAUUUCCUAAGAGCAAAAAAAAUCCCUUUAAAUAAUGCCCACAAGGAAACAGAGUCUAUUGAAACAAUGUCCAACAGCAAACAGUGUCUAUUUGUCUACAAUGCCCUGCCGAGACCUCUCUAUCUAAUCAAUAGGAUCAAUUUUUAAAAAUCUUUAUGAACUGCACCUUGAGGAAGAGGGCCCAAUUCUUGUCUCUGAACGCUGUGUCAGGAUUGCCUCUUUAAAUGUUCUCAUCAACUCAGUGACUGCUUGAUAUUCCAGUCUCAGAGACUUUGUGAUUAUGAUUUUGGUAAUUGCAGGCCAUGUUUUGAGUGUAGUUCUUAAAUCAAUAUUGUCAGAGAUACUUGUGAAAAUCAAUUGUAAAACAAGGACUGUGCAUGCAAAAUACCUACGCCUCAAUCAAAUUGAGCAUUUAUAUCAUUUACAACAUUAUUUCUCUUCCCCGUGUUGCAAGAUAUUUCAAUCCCUUUGGGAAGAAUGCGCUUCAGGCAUCGUCAAUUGCACUUGUUCCUUCAAGCGUUGUGUUAGGUCAUGUUGAAAAUUCUUCGGACAGCUCUUGCUCAGUCUGAUACCAAAAUAAAAGAAACUUUCAGUUCAAAUUUAUUAUUGAAAAGGUAGAUUUAGCUAAGCUUAUGUGCUGAUGUAAAAGUGCUCAUGCUGUUUUCAAUAAUUCACUGUGAAGACAAUCCCACGUUAUCAGAUAUAACAUAGUGGAGCUGGAGAACACUGCAGGCCAGGUAGCAUCAGAGUAGCAGGAAAGCUGAUGUUUCAGGUCAGGAUCCUUCUUCAGAAAUGUGCUGGCAUAUUUUAUCUUACUAUCUCUCAUAUUUUAUCAGCUCUGUAUGCUGUAGGACUUGCUCUUCCCUCUGUGAUCAGUCUGCUUCCUGCUAUAGGCUGCAAGGAAUCCAUUAGUAAAUAGUGAGGUUUUGUGCCUUUCCUUGGGUAGGUGUUGAAAUUUACACGCUGCUGCCCAACCCCCGCCCCACCUUACAACAGGAGCAAUUUAUGUUUUCUAGCACCUUUCAUGAAGCAAGGGCCCCAACAUGUUAAAUAGGAGUGAAUCUAAGAAUGAAAACUGAUAUUGAGUUAUAUGAGGUGGGUGAUGCAUAAAGGUCCUGUGGAUCCCAUUCAGUGUCAUGGUGUUUGCUCAGUUAACGAGAUAGGCAAAGAUAAUUGAGGGGAAAGCAGAAUGCAGGACUUGUGUGAGUGAAAGCACACCUGUCAAUGGCGGAGAUAAAAUCUGGAAUUAUAAAUUAGCCUCAGUAGUGUGACUAGCUAAGAUUGUUGUAAAAACCCAUCUGUUUUCCUAAUGUCUUUUAGGAAAGUAAAUCUGCCUUCCUUAACUGGUCUGGGCUACAUGUGACUUCAGAUUCAUGGCAACAUGGUUGGCUCUUAUCGAUGCUGCAAAAUGGCCAAACAAGCCACUGACUUCCGAACAAUUAAGGAUGGGCAGCAAAUGUUGACCCUACCAGCAAUGCCCACAUUCCAUGGCAGAGUAUUCCAAAUAAAGUCAGGAACACCCAAUGAGCCUGGAGUCAUAACAGCAAAGCGACCCCAGAGAAACUGGAGAGCUCCUGGAGCAACCUGUGUACAGGGAUGAGAAUGUUAAAACCAAGGCAUCGCUGGACUGGAAGCCAGUGUAGAUUGAUAGAGUCGUAAAGGUUUGCAGCAUAGGAAAAGGGACUUUGAUGCCAUUUUGCAACACUUGGCUUUUUAUGCCUUGGUAUUUCAAGUGCACAUCUACAGAAUGUAGAUAUAGGUCACCCAGCACAGGGAAAUUGAUUUGAGUUUAGAUAUGGAUUACAGAAUUCUAUAUGGGCUCAAAUUCACAAAAGCUUCAAAGUAGGAACAGUUCAUUGGAAUAGUUGAGUCUGGAAUUAACAAAUUCAGAAUUGACAGAGUGCAAAAUUCUUUGGGUUGAAUGAUGGUGAGGAAAUGACCAUAACGGUAGGGAGGUUGGAUGCAGUGAUAUGCGGUGUAAAGACAUCCCACUCUCACCUCAGUUAGGAACCGGUGCAGGACUGGAAGCAGGGAGACCAGCUGAGCUGUACCAGCCUUUAUAUUGUGUGCUCCAAUGAUUGGUCAGUCAUGAGCUACUUCACUGGCAGAUCAUGCUUGGGGAACUGAAUGAUCUUCUCCUGUUUUGCUCCUACACGGGCAAAGGAGAAGGCCUUGGAACCUUCAAUUUCUCUGUCCUCAGAAUGAAUGGCACCACAAUAGUCAGGUGGAUAUGUUAUUACAUGUGUGUUUGCUGGCCCAAUCUAGGUUGGCUUGUUUUGAUUCGUUGACUAUAAUCUGUUAUGUGCUAUGCCAGAAAUACAAUUCUUUUGAUAUUGUAUACUGUCAGACCUUAUAUGAUAGAUCAAAUUCCUUCUCUAUUGUAUUUAUGACUAAUCUUACACCAUAAAUCCAAUUGUUCCUGUAUUGUUUAUACUGUUGUAUCCUGUAUCCAAAAAUUGAAUAACUCCAAUAUUUCAUAUAGUGACAACUUAUAUUUUAUAAACAUGAACUUCUACAUUAUAAAUAAAUCAAAUGCUAUAUCCUGUACACUGAAAGUUCCUGUCAUUGUCUAUUUAUUCUGUACUUUGAGGUUGUUUGUAAUAAUCCAGUUUGAUCCUACAUUUUGUAUACUGCCAACUCCAAGAUAAUAAAUUGAA